AUGGGGGAGGCGGGGGCGCACACCAAAGCUGCUCGCCUCGAGCUGACUCGAGUUCCCGCAGCCCCGGAGAAAGGCGCCGGAGGGGUCCGCCCGGGGGACCCGGCCCGGAGAGGUGGGUGUGUCCGAAGCGGACCAGUGAGCGAGCGGAGAGCGGGGGCCGCCCCGCCUCGCCCCCGGGCCGCGACUCCCCGCCUGCAAUCCGGAAGCCCGCGGCGACGCGCGCAGCCCGCGCCCCCGACACCGACCCAGCACUAUGGCCGCGACCGCGCCCCUGCGCGACUGCCAGGCUUGGAAGGAUGCCGGGCUCCCUCUCUCAACCCCAAGCAACGAGGCCUGCAGGCUGUUUGAUGCCACCCUGACCCAGUACGUAAAAUGGACCAAUGACCAGAGCCUUGGUGGCAUUGAGGGCUGCCUGUCAAAGCUCAAAGCAGCAGAUCCGACCUUCGCCCUGGGCCACGCCAUCGCUAAUGGCCUCAUUCUCAUUGGCACCGGAAGCUCCGUGAGGCUGGACAAAGAGCUGGACCUGGCUGUGAAGACGAUGGUGGAGAUUUCCAAAACUCAGCCCCUGACGCAGCGGGAACGGCUGCACGUGUCUGCAGUAGAGACCUUUGCCAAGGGGAACCUUCCAAAAGCCUGUGAGCUGUGGGAACAGAUUCUCCAGGACUACCCGACAGACAUGUUGGCCCUGAAAUUUUCCCACGAUGCCUAUUUUUACCUGGGCUACCAGGAACAGAUGAGAGAUUCUGUGGCUCGAAUUUAUCCCUUCUGGACACCCGACAUCCCCCUUAGCAGCUACGUGAAAGGCAUCUAUUCUUUUGGACUGAUGGAAACCAACUUCUACGAUCGGGCAGAAAAGCUCGCCAAAGAAGCUUUAUCUGUUAACCCGACGGACGCGUGGUCGGUGCACACCAUCGCCCAUAUUCAUGAGAUGAAAGCAGAGGUCCAGGAUGGAUUGGAGUUCAUGCAGCGCUCAGAAACCCACUGGAAGGACUCUGAUAUGCUUGCUUGUCAUAAUUAUUGGCACUGGGCUUUAUAUCUGAUUGAAAAGGGCGAAUACGAGGCCGCAUUGACCAUUUAUGAUGACCACAUCCUCCCCAGCCUGCGGGUCAGCGGGGCAAUGCUGGACGUGGUGGACAGCUGCUCCAUGCUCUACCGGCUGCAGAUGGAAGGGGCGUCUGUGGGUGAGCGGUGGCAAGAUGUUCUGUCUGUGACCCAGAAGCACAGCCGAGACCACAUCCUGCUCUUCAACGAUGUACACUUGCUGAUGGCGUCCCUGGGCGCUGGGGACUCCCGGACCACGCAGGAACUGCUGACCACCCUGCGGGAUGCCAGCGAGUCCCCAGGGGAGAACUACCAGCACCUCCUGGCCCGCGACGUGGGGCUGCCCUUGUGCCAGGCCCUGGUGGAGGCCCAGAGCGGGAACCCCGACGGCGUGGUGGACCUGCUCCUGCCCAUCCGCUACCGGAUUGUCCAGAUCGGAGGCAGCAACGCCCAGAGAGACGUCUUCAACCAGUUACUGAUUCACGCAGCCUUAAACUGCUCGUCCGGCAUCCACAAGAACGUGGCCCGGAGCCUUCUGAUGGAGCGAGACGCCUUGAAGCCUAACUCCCCGCUGACUGCGAGGCUCAUCCGCAGGGCGGCCGCCGUCCACCUCCUGCAGUGAGCCAGCCUGGCCGCCUGCCCCGCGGAGCCUCCCUGGCCAUCAGACCAGCUGCCACACUGGCUUCGCAGGGUUACAAGUAGCUGGAGCCUGUUGAUUAGGCCUGUAAAGCGUGAAGCCCUGUAACCAGCAGCGUUACAGGAAGAGGGGACAGAAAUCAAUUUUCAACAUGAUUCUGAAUCUUCUAAUCCUCGUUAAGGGCCAGGGUGCAGUUUUAAGCAGUCAGGGCUGAGGUGGGGACCGCUGUUCCGCUUGCCUUGCAAAUUGUAUUUUCCCAGGGGACCCUUAUACCUUCUGGUCGGUCAAGGGUCGGAAGGGUUGGUGCUGGGCUCAGCUAGGGAGGGGAGUCUCCUACGCAGCCCCUGGGGGCACCCCUCCCCCCCAGCCUAGGCUGCCCCUGGGAUAAACCCCUUCAUUCUGUCUUCCUCCCUGUAUUCCAGGCAGGUUCUGUUGUCUGACCUUUUGGGUGAGGGUACCGGGGUGGGGGGGAGUGACUUGCCCAGGGUCAAAGCUAGCGGAGGCCCUGCUGACAUUCACCCCAGGCCCCUGUGCUUCCUGGGAGAGGGACCCCCAUCUUGCUGCCUGGGGCCUCGGCCCUUCUGCUGUCUCUGCAGAGAUGUCCUCAAGCUUCUCCCUGGGCUUUGGUGGCGCUGGUUUGGGCUUGUUUUCUCUUUAUUCUAAGCUGCACUUCGUAAAGGGGCCUUGGGUACCUGGUUUCCUUUGUCAGCCAUGCUUUUAAGCAUGGGAAUGCACACUCACUGAGCUGGUGGUGUGCUUUCUGGGGUGUGAGGAUCGAGCUCAGAGGUUGCCUUGCUGUGGCAAAAACCAAAGCAUUGUGACGUGGCUUGAACAAGAGCUGAGCCAGUUUUAUGAACGCUGCCUCGGUCUCCUUCCCCAUUGGUAACCUGGCCCUGACGGCCCCCCACCAACCCCGAGCACGCUGCAGGUCUCAGGAGAACGUGCCAACUCAGCCGUGCUGUGAGGGGCGAUCCCGGCCCAUAGAUGUUUCUCAGGUUCCUUCAGUGCAAACUGAACUUAGCUAGAGACUCACGGGGGCAGGUCUCCUGGGAGACAGCAGACACCUGCAAAUCGACUAGACAAAUUCCUGGGAUUAAAAUAAAUUAGUUAAUCGGUUCCUUUGACUAACUGUUGCUGGGUGGGUAUCUUCUAUUUGUCAGGCCUGGGCUGGGUCCUGGGGAGACAGGCUUCUCCUUGAAUUUGGGUGUGGGGCUGGGCAGUGAGUCAAGAACAGAGUAAUUACAAUGGGAUUUCAGGAGAGGGUCUGUUAAUCCCCAGGAGCUAGGGACACAACCCAAGGGAGAGCCAGCCUUCCCAUCCUGAGCUGUCCCCUCCUGCCAGUUCCCCUGACAGAGCCUGCCCACGCCCCGUCUGCCCUCCCCGCUCCUGGUUCCAAGCAAGACACAACUUGGCCAGGGAAGCAGGAACCCUGGUCCCUCCUCCAGGAAGGUCUCUGCUCUCCCACUGCAGGCUGGUGCCCCACAGCCCUUGCUAUUGCACUUUUCUCCCCAGCUGUGUCCUCCUCAGAUCAGGGACAGCAUCUGUGUCCCCACAUCACCCAGCACAGAGCCUGCAUUGACUACCUGUCAGUGAACCCAUGACUGGUGAAUGAUGCCUUGAAUGAGUGCAUUAAAAAAUGAAGCAGAAUCUACUGGGGAAAGGAAGAAACGAAUCUACAGUGGGUAGGCCAUUGAUAGAAGAGAGGAGGAGACCAAGAGAAGAGAUGGAUGAAGAUAUAGCAGCAACAACUUGUUAACAAUUGGUUUGUUUACUAAGCACGUAGUACGUGCUGACGUGAUAUGGGGGGAAGAGCAUCGGGAGUGGGUGUUUGGGGACCCUCGCCCCCAGCAGACGCCCACAGGGCUGUGGGGAUCUGACACCUGGGCCAACAGCCCUCGCGUCUAGGACCCUCUGGGCUCCUGACGCAGUGGCCCUGUAGUUGUGAGUCAGGCAAACCCGGGCCUUGGGACCACGGAUUGAGCACAGGCCACACCAACCUGGCUGCUGUCUUCAGGAGGCCCUGGCAGGCAGAGGGAAGCGUGGAGCUCCUGGGCCAGUGGGCCCAGCAAAGGCAGCCUGCUGGAAGCUGAGCGGAACCCAGAGAGGCCGCUGGGGGGACAAUCCGACCCAGGACCCUCCUUCAAGCCCCUCUCUCCUUCCAGGCCAGCAGCCAGGGCCAUUCCUGGACUUCCCUGUUCCU